AUGGCGUUUGGUAUGACUCCCGUUGCUUCGCCGACUCUCAUUGCGUCAAUUCGAAAUCGUCCGCAUGUCCCCAGGCAGGCGUGGUACUUUAUCGCAGCGACAACGCUGACGGUUCUUAAUCGGCCUGAUGAGAUACCAAGGAUAUACAACCAUGUCAUGAAGCAUGGCGUUGGUCCUGACGACCUUGAGCCCGGACCAGAUGAACAAAUCACCAUAUCAAGGAAAUUGCGCGAAGCUCUCAUUAAAGCGUCGGCUGUUGGAGGGCUGCCAAAGACAAUAAACGCUCUUAUGGAACUGAAAAAAGUGACGCCUGAGCAUCUUCUCGACAAACCACAAGGGGAUGAUGCGUUGAAUAAUUCACCCACAGGUCGAUAUGUGGAUGUUCACUGCACGCCUUCCUCCAAGAUUCUAGAGCGAGGCCAGCACUUCUGGAGCAAUAUUUAUGGCAAGAUAUCUCGACGAAUAAUGAGUCAGAUGGAUAGGUCUGGCACCGAGGACUUAGGAUUGAUGGCCCGAUUAAUAUAUGGUUACGUCUUGAGUAACACUGACGUUUUGACCUCUGUCGAAACGUCGUUUGUCCUUAUUGCCGGGCUUAUACCGCAAGAUGUCAACCCACAACUCAAAGGCCACUUGCGGGGCGCGCUCAACGGCGGGGCGUCUGCUGACGAGGUGAGGGCCGUAAGAAGCAUUGUUAUAGAGAUAUGCGAAGCUUGUGGCAUGAAGCAACUUGGAGUCGAUACGCCAGGAGGAUGGGGUUGGCGCAGCGAGGUUGUGACAGUUUGA